UACUGUUUUCAGAACGUCAGUGACAAAUAUAACCUCACUAAUUUUAAUGUUACAAAACGACUUAAAUCUUUGAUAAUAAAACCUCCGUGGUUGUAUGUGAUCUCGUAAUGGAUCCCUCAAAACUCGAAGACCUCAUUAUUCAAUUCGAAGACGACCAACCAUCCACCAGCGCAUAUCCUCCGAACUCCGAUUCAGAAUCACACAGUGAAGACUCCAAUUCUGAAGAUGUUACAGACUCCGAACCAAAAAAGCUUGAAAAACCUCGAAAAGGAGUGCGCCGCCCCAUUUCUAAACUUAACCCCAACCUGAAGGGUUUAAUGGGCGAAGCCAAUCUACGUUACGCCCGCGGCGACAUAGAAACAGCCCAGAAAAUGUGCUUCGAGGUGAUGCGACAAGUCCCUGAUGCUUACGAACCCUACAUGACUCUGGCACAAAUAUUCGAAAAUAGUGACCCCACCAAAUAUGAAGGGUAUUUAGCAAUCGCGUGUUGUUUAUACCCCCAUAAUUCGAGCAUGUGGUGUCGGUUGGCGGAGUUAAAUAUUCAAAACGGGAAAUAUAAAGAAGCCGUGUCUUUUUAUACGAAAGCUAUUAAAGCCAAUUCGAGAAAUGUCAGUUUACAUGUGAAAAGGUUAGAGCUUGUGGAGCAAAUAGGGGAUGUGCGAUUCGCUCUAGCUUGUAAAAAACACAUGGCGAAUAAGCUACCCAGAGCACAGUAUCAAAAUAUUAUUGAGUUGUGUAAAGAGGUAGCGCAGCAUUAUCAUGAAGAGAAAAAUUACGUUAAAUCGUUGGAUGUUCUGCAAAUACCGUUUAAGCGUAUUCCGAAGAAAGUCACCCAAGAUUUGGUAAAUAUGAUGCUUGAGUUGCUUCUGUUGACAGAACGGUAUACAGACUGUUUGGAUAUCUUCAUCCAACACUGUAAUUUCGUUUUCGAAAUUACAGUCAACGAAAACAAUCAAAUCGCUAUUGAUAGAUAUGACAUGCCUCCUAACAUCCAGAUUGACUUAAAAGUCAAAUUUAUCGCUUGUUUGAUAAAACUGAAAUCUUUUAAUUUAUUACCACCUCUCAUAGACUCUAUGAUCCGUGAAGAAAACGUCGAAAACAUCGGCGAUUUAUAUUUAGACGUAGCUGAAGAUUUAAUGACAGCCAAUCUUUCCCUUGAGGCUCUAAAACUGUUGGUCCCUCUAGUCAAAAGCAAAAGCUUCAAUCUCGCCGCCGUUUGGCUAAAAUACGCCGAAUGCCUCGACAACUGUAACAUGCUAGAACAGGCAGUUGAGGCAUACUUCACUGUAAUGACAAUGGCGCCUCAGCACGUCGAAGUUCUCUACCCCCUAGCGAUGACGCUUCUAAAGCUUAACAAGAAGUCUGAGGCUCUAGAAGUGUUAUCGCAAGAUUUAUCAACUAACAAGCUCGACGUGGCUGUUUUGAUUGAGAGGAUGAAGCUGUUGAGGCAGAUCAACGACCUGGAUGAGUAUUGGAAAUGCGCAGAGAUGUUGCUUUCGAGGCACUGCGUGGUUCUCAAGUAUCCAGAGGAAGCGAAAAUUCUUCUCACUUCGUCGUUUUCGAUCAACGAGAAGUUGAAGAAAAUUCGAGAAAUGCGGAAGUUCAGGGAGGAUCUGAACCCGAUUGAGUCGAAUUUUGAAAGCAUAAGAGAGCCGAGUGUGCAGGUUGAGUUUGAGGUGUAUAAAGGGAUUUUGAAGUUUGCGUUGGAGAUAAGGGAGUAUGCGCAGCUGCAGAAGUUUGCUUUCAUGGGAUUGACCUCGAAGAGAUUUAUAGAAUAUAUGAAACUCAUCCAACUUUUCGUCCUGUUCUCGACCAUCUACAACGACGACACUUUCCACGGUUACACCCUGGUGCGCAGCGUAGUCAUAAGCGACACAUUCAACAACCUAGCUUGGAACUUAUUCAACCUCGUUCUCAAAACCGCUGACGACAUCCGCCACUACCGCUUCAUAUCCAGACUCCAGCUGCGAGUCCCCAACAUCCACUGCCUCCAAGCACUCGAAGCCAACUACAGCUUAUCCGCAAGCAACUCCAACCUAGCCAUGAAGUUCUACAUGAGGGAGUUCCGCAAGCACAAACUCCCCUACUUCAGCUUCAUCCUCGGUCUAAUCCUCCUUCAAGGCUGCAGCCGACGACGCGUCGUAGAAGACAAGAAAAAACUAGCAGAAACCGCGUCGUACUUGUUCUUGUACUACGCGAAAAACAGGAGUAGGGAUGCGCAGCAGGAAGUCUACUACAAUUUAGGACGGAUGUAUCACCAACUAGGCGUCAUGUAUUUAGCCGAGCAUUACUAUUUAAAAGUGGUGGAUCUGGAGGAAGUGGAGCCUGCGGAGAUGUUCGGGUUAAAAUACGAGGCAGCGUACAAUUUACAUUUAAUUUAUAAAAAUAGCGGCAAUAUGAUUGCGGCGAGGAACGUUUUAAUUAAACAUGUUGUGAUUUAAUAGAGUUUUCGAAGUA